AUGAGCCUGCUGGGUGGCUUCGCCCCCUCGCCGCGGGCCGCGCCGCCGUCCAAGGCCAGGAUGAAAAAGCUCCCGAAGCGGGGCCAGAACGAGAAGUACCGGCUCAAGUACCUGCGGCUGCGCAAGGCCGCCAAGGCCACGGUGUUUGAAAAUGCUGCCAUUUGUGAUGAAAUCGCUCGUCUUGAGGAAAAAUUUCUCAAAGCAAAAGAGGAAAGGCGGUACUUGCUAAAGAAGCUCCUCCAGCUUCAGGCUCUAACUGAAGGGGAAGUGCAGCCUGUAGCUCCUUCUCACAGCUCCAAUUUGCCCCUGACUUACGGUGUGGCCAGCUCUGUGGGAACUCUACAGGGAUCUGGGCCCAUUUCUGGGCCUAGCACUGGGGCUGAGGAACCAUUUGGGAAGAAAUCCAAGAAGGAGAAAAAAGAAAAAGGCAAAGAGAACAACAAACUGGAAGUUCUGAAGAAAACAUCCAAGAGAAAGAAAAUGGAGGGAGGUGCUCGCAAGCUGGUUCAGCCCAUUGCCCUGGAUCCCUCAGGACGGCCUGUGUUCCCCAUCGGACUGGGGGGUCUAACAGUAUAUAGCCUGGGGGAGAUCAUCACCGACCGACCUGGCUUCCAUGACGAGAGUGCCAUCUACCCUGUGGGCUACUGCAGUACUCGAGUAUAUGCCAGCAUGAAGUGCCCAGACCAGAGGUGUCUGUAUACUUGUCAGAUCAAGGAUGGUGGUGUACAGCCUCAGUUUGAAAUCGUUCCUGAAGAUGACCCUCAGAAUGCCAUUGUCAGCUCUUCGGCAGAUGCCUGCCAUGCAGAACUGCUCAAGGCCAUAAGUGUUACUUUGGGGAAACUAAUGCCUAACCUCCUUCCAUCUGGAGGUGACUUCUUUGGGUUUGCUCAUCCAACCAUCCACAACCUGAUCCAGAGUUGUCCAGGAGCUCGAAAAUGUGUCAAUUACCAGUGGGUGAAAUUUGAUGUGUGCAAACCUGGAGAUGGGCAGCCACCCCAAGGACCUCUGGAGAAUGAUGCAGCUGUAAGCUUUGCAGCCUUUCAGAGACAGACCUUUGAUGAAGAUCAUGGUGAUCCCAUUCUACAAGGAUCCUUGGACCUCCCGGAGCUUCAGCCUACAGCCUUUGUGUCUUCUUACCAACCCAUGUUCCUGACACAUGAACCCUUGGUAGAUGAUCACCUACAGCACCUGAAGUCUCCUCCACAGUGUAGCCCAACACAGUCUUCAGAUUGAACAAGAAGGGAUCAGAUACCACAUCGUUUUCAUCAUGAUGAUUUUAACUUAAACUAAAACUUAAAAUAUAUGGAAGGAGGCAGCAAUUCAGAAGUGAAGAUACUAAGUUCACACAUUUUGUCGUGGAGGUUCCCAUGGUGACAGUUUUCCCUGGGAAAAACUUCACCUGCUUUAUUUUUAGUAAUAAAUUUCUCUUGAUGCUUCUGCGUAUUUUCAUCUUGUCAUCAGGACAUGAUCUGUUUCGCUCAGCUCUGCCUCAGGUAAACUUAAGGCCUGUAUUAACCAGAGUGAGAGAUGGCUGCUGGCUCAUCAAGGAGGCAGAUCCUGACAACCUUCUACCCCUGAUUCUGAUCCUAUUCCAAGGAAUAUUAAGUCCCACCCCCUGCACCCGAAGUGGUGGUUUUAUUUUUGUGUCGGGGUCAUGAAAAUCAAGUCCUGCUCAUCCCAUGCUGGAGAGUCCAGCCAAAGCACACUUCGUCCAUUUCUUCACAUGUCACAUCCUUCAAGGGGAUCAAAAGGUUAUCUUUAACACUUUCUACGUCCUUUGUGGCUUCUUGGAGAAUGUGCUUUUAACUAAGUACAUUGAAACUGCAUGAUAACACAAAUUUAAAUAUGAUUGGGGAUUGGCUCCCAGCCUCCAUAACAGACUCACCCUGUCAUUUCAUUAACUGUGUAAUGGCAUAACUCCGCAUUCGGUGCGACUGAAUUGUCUGGAACCUGCUUAUGGCAUUCAGACGGGGGCUUACCACAUCACCCCUUCCGGGCCACUCCCCAGCAGCUGCUGGAUGGCAGUGAGGGCAUCCCAGUGAGGAGCCGUCCUGGUCCCAGGGCUGGCUGGAAUGGGAAGGAAUAAAGGGACCCCAGAGGUAGAAGACUGGGGUCAGAUCCCUUUGGUGAGAGCUGCAUUGUUACUGUGCUACAAUCCAUAACUGCUAACCCAGGACAAAGCAAGUGGGAUUAACAUCUUACAGGAAUGGAUUUGGCCAGCAGAGGGGCUCAGCGUUGCUGAGAGCACACCACACUGGUCACUAUAAGGUAUCAGAAGCAAGUAACAUUAAUUUUAUGACUUCUAAUUAUAGUUUUUUUUAUGUUUGUAUAGCUUUUACAGUGCAAAAGUUAAUAUAAUUUGGAUUAUGGGGAAUCAAGGAUGGGAAUGGUAUUAACUCAAAGCUGUUAAUGUUUUAAUAUUUUCCUUUUGUCUGUGUAAGUUGCCUGAACAUAUUUGUACUUACACAGAAAUUAUAAUGCUACUUUUAUCAUAUAGAAAAUAUCUUUCUAUUCUAUUACAGCCUGAGUAAAACAUACUAAGAGAGCCUCAUUUUAAGAAAAACAUUAAAAUUUUUUAAUAAGUGUGUGUUGUUUACUCUUAGUAAAGAGUACUCACUCUGUAGCUUUCCUAAAACAGAAAGAACCCAUUUGUUCUUAAAUUUAAGGUGUCAAGAUGUACAUCUUUUAAAAUUAAAUAAUUAGAAUAUAUUGGAAUGCAUUGAAUGUCAAAAGGUUGAAACUUUGGUAUCAACUACAGUGUUUAUAUAUGUAUUUAUAUAAAUAUCACAUAUGCAUGGAUUAUCAAAUGUUUUUCCUAUGGAUUAUCAUUUUUAAAAACUUGAAAAAUACUACCAUAUUAUACUUAAAAUCUUUUCAUCUACUGGAUUGUUAAAGAUUUUUUAAACUUGACAACAUGCAGUAUCAGUGAGAACGAGAUAAAAAGUGGUACUGUACCUCGGUGGGACUGUAAAUGUUGGACCCUUGAGAGGGUAAAGCUGAAGGUGUCAAAAUUUUAAA